CAUAAAACACAUUCUUCUUAAAUUUGAGAGCUUUAAUUUGCAUUGUUCUUCUUCCUUCAAACUAAACAAACACGAAAGAUGGGUUUCCGUUUACCUACUAUUCGACGUGCAUCAUUCUCUGCUAGCCAAGCAGCUUCAAAAUCCGUAGAAGUUCCAAAGGGCUAUCUUGCAGUGUAUGUUGGAGAGAAACAGACGCGGUUUGUGAUCCCAAUAUCAUACCUGAACCAACCUUCAUUUCAGGAUUUGCUGAACCAAGCUGAGGAGGAGUUUGGAUAUGAUCAUCCCAUGGGUGGCCUCACAAUUCCAUGCAGCGAAGAUGAAUUCCUUCACAUCAAAUCUCGCUUGAAUGGCCUAUAAAUCUCACACUGUUUUAAACUAACAUAGAUUAGAAGAGACACUUUGUACAAUAGGAAUCUUCUCAACUUGUAUAGGAAAAAAAAUCACUAUACUUUUUCUGCGCUCCCGCAACUUUUGUACGAAGAAGUGCAUUAA